AUGUCUGAUCAAUACAGCAAAUUGCGAAGUAUCAAUAAGUACUACAUUGAUUCAUGUAAUUCGUUAUACCAGCUCAAAACAGAAAAAGAAGAGGAAUUAAACACAAUUUACAAAAAGAUCAUAACAGAAUUGAUUGAUUCAAAGAAAUAUCCACCCAAAAAUAUUAUGGAGGAUAUUUUAAAUAUCAUCCCGUAUAAUAAUUGCUAUACAAAAUCAUAUUUAUAUCUUGUCAAACUCAUAUCUGAUGAUUAUCAUGUGGAAGAGGUCCAUAAUGUUAAAAAUGUUUCAAACUUCCUAUUUUAUAAAGAAUAUGGAAUUAAAUUAGACAAAUCAGAUGAUUUCAGAGAUAUCGAAACAGAUAAUCUCGAUAUUCAUACAGAAAAUACGAUAUACAGAGCAAUUAUGCAUAAUGAUUUCGAAAAAUUCAUAUUCUUCACUGAAAGAAAUGAAUUUGAUGAAAGUCAAAAACUUAAAAGCGAUUUAUAUCCUUUUUCUAAAGAGGGUUAUUCGUUACUUGAAUUAUGUUGUUAUCAUGGAGCUGUCGAUUGUUUCAAAUUCUUAAGAACGAAAUUCGAUUCAGAAAUUACUCAAAAAUGUCUAAAAUUUUCAUUUUUAGGUGGAAACAAAGAGAUCAUGAGUGAAUGUUUGAAAUAUCAAAAACCAAAUUAUAAGUGCAUGAAAUAUGCAAUUAUUUCACACAACAUUGAUUUUAUUACGUUCUUGAUGAAUGAAUACAAUAUAAAUAUCAAUUGA